AAACGCAUCAAAGUGUCCGACCUGAGUGUCAAGGCGGAGCCAACCGCCAGCAAGCCAAAGGCUAAAGCACACAGCACAGCUGCUGCACGCACCCGAAAGCCAUGGGUCAAAAAGUCACCUAUCAAGGCCCCCGUGAAGACCUCUGUGGUUACGGAAUGGCCUAAAGUGUUGACUGCGGAUGAUAUGGCUUCGGAUGUUGAGGUGACUGGUAAUUUAAGUGAUGAUAAUAAGGAGAUUUUGAAAGAUGUGGCGUCUGAUACGGCUGUUUCGGCAAUACCCGGUCCUGCUGUUUCAGGUAAGUUGUAA